AUGGCCACCGUCACAUCCAAUGCGCCGGUUAAAUCCUUCUCCUUCUCUGUUUCCAAUCCUCUGAAAUCCCUGAUCCCCAAAUCUCCAUCUCUCUGCUUCCCAAAUCGCAAUCACCAUCAGCGUCUAGGUUUAUCGAUCAAUGCAUCCACAUCGGCGCCGCCUACAAUCGGAACCGCAAAUGCACCUUCGCCGGAUUACAGAGUCGAGAUUCUCUCCGAAUCUCUCCCCUUUAUCCAGAAAUUCCGCGGGAAAACCAUCGUCGUCAAAUACGGCGGCGCAGCCAUGACUUCGCCGGAGCUCAAAGCCUCCGUCGUCAGCGAUCUCGUUCUCCUCGCGUGCGUUGGCCUCCGUCCGAUCCUAGUUCACGGCGGAGGUCCCGAUAUCAACCGUUACCUGAAACAACUCAACAUCCCAGCAGAGUUCCGCGACGGACUUCGCGUGACCGACGCCACAACGAUGGAGAUCGUCUCCAUGGUCCUAGUCGGAAAAGUCAAUAAGAAUCUCGUAUCUCUUAUCAACGCAGCCGGAGCCACCGCCGUGGGACUGUCGGGACACGACGGCCGUCUUCUCACUGCGCGACCUGUCCCCAAUUCGGCUCAGUUAGGUUUCGUCGGUGAAGUUGCAAGAGUCGAUCCGAACGUGUUGCGUCCACUCGUUGAUUACGGUUACAUUCCAGUGAUCGCCUCCGUCGCCGCCGAUGAAGCCGGGCAGGCUUACAACAUCAAUGCUGAUACGGUGGCGGGAGAGCUCGCGGCGGCGCUGGGAGCAGAGAAGCUGAUUCUGCUGACUGACGUGGCGGGAAUAUUGGAGAACAAGGAGGAUGCGAGUAGCUUGGUGAAGGAGAUUGAUAUCAAAGGAGUGAAGAAGAUGAUUGAAGAUGGGAAAGUUGCUGGUGGGAUGAUUCCGAAGGUGAAGUGUUGCAUAAGGUCGAUUGCUCAGGGAGUGAAGACGGCGAGUAUUAUUGAUGGAAGGAGACAACAUUCUCUGCUUCAUGAGAUUAUGUCUGAUGAAGGAGCCGGAACUAUGAUUACCGGAUAA